GACACGUAUUAAUUUUAAUACUUCAAGCUACAGGGCAAUAUUACAAUAACAACAUGAAGCAGAACUGCAAUAGAAUAUUCACACAUGUUGAAAAUAAAACGUUUUGACAAAGCAUUCAUUAUUCUGUAAAUGUAUAGGUACAAUUGUAUUGACAUUGGUCGGUCCCUGGAACAUUUUGGCUGUGGUUAUAGAUGGCAUGUGACUAGCAGAGCCCUGAAAUAGAUGAAAGCGUUAAGAGGUGGAAUAAAAUCACUGGAUGAUUAUAUUUUGUAUUCGUUGCACGUAAAAGGUAGAUUUCUAGUUACCUAUCUUGCUAGUCACAUUAUCUGUAGCUUACAGUAUUUAACGAGUUUUGUUUUUGUUUUUUGGGGGGUGGGGGGUUGUUCACAUUGUGUAUAAUUUGUCAUUAGUAUGUAGCCACUAAUAUUCAAAAUGUGACGGAAUUUACAGCUCACCUACGGAAGUUUGUCAAAUCGGAGCUUGUUUCCUAACGGCACUAAGACACUGAACACAGUUUCGCAGUGCCAUGGAGCAGAAGGAGCCACCAGAGGGGCAUCAUUUUGUGGGGAAGAAAGACGCCUUGAUCAAAGCAAAGCGCACCUUCAAAACACUGGGGGAUCGGGAUGUACUGCUCAUCUAUCAUCAGGGACGCUUCUAUGCUUUGGACUACUAUUGCUAUCAUGCUGGUAGCAAGCUGGAGACUGGAGAUAUUGAGGAAAUAGGUGGCAAGCUGUGCAUAAUUUGUCCCAAACACAAGUACAAGAUUUCCCUUGCCGAAGGGGAGGGUUUAUGCAAGAGUAUUGACAAGACCCAAAAAAAAACAGCGCCCAUAUGGUACUCAAAAGGAGUGAAGCAGCGGGUCCACACAGUGACAGAGAACAACGGUGACGUCUAUGUGGAGCUCUCUCACAUGCCCCGAUGGGUCGAGUCAGAUUACUUCCAGGGAGAGGAGGGCAAGGAGAAAAGGGCCAAAGCUGAGGCCACGGCUGAGGCCAACGACGGGAUGGACUCUUCCUAAUGGAUGAGAGAACAUUCUAGAAGUUUCUUCUUGCCUCUUCUGACCACCUCUACACAGGGUUUGUGUUUGCAUGGAGCGUAUAUAAAAUAGCAUCUUUGACCUUUACUUUUAUUUCAUUGGUCUACAGUAUAAGUAGUAUUUCACCUCUUGGAAUUAAGGGACUUGGAAUAUAGACUACAUUUUAUACAGUAUUGUACAAAUCUCGGCACCAUGAGCAUUGUUUUUACAGUGACUAUUUUGGACAGAACUAGUUUGUUUUGGCCACUGUAUACAAAAUUAAAUAUUCUGACAUAUUUUAGCAUUAUUCUGCAAAAAAAGGAUGAUAGAUGAGAUGAGGAAGAACCAAUUAACCUUUGGUGAGAAAGCGGAUAAUGGUGCAGUUAAAGAAAUGGGCUUUUACUAUUUGAGUAACUAUGGCAUCAGUGCAACUGUCCACCCAUCAGAAUCCUCAGUUGCACUUCCUGUCUGCUUGUCAUCUUCAUUGAACCAGUUGGUAGUCAAAAGCUAACAGAUGAAACAGAAAACAUUAGUGAAGUGUUUUUGCUAUGCCUUGGCGGGUUCUGCACUCUACUAACAUUCUAGUUUUAUGCUUAUGGCAUUGCUAAAACGUCACUAAUGGUGGAUUUUUCACAGUACAGUACUGUAUAUACAUACGUGAUAAUGUAUACAGUUAAUUAAUUUCUGAUGUUCAUGAUGAAUUGCAUGCACUAAUCACAUUGUAUGGUAUAUAUAUUACAUGUUAAAUUGCUUCAAUCUCUGCAGACUAAAAUUCUAAUUAAAGAGUUGGUCAGAAACAACCAAUUGAU